AGCAACAUAUGAGAAACCGUUUUAGUACAUGCAUGGUGCUCCUACACAAUGAGGCUUCUGGCCAGCUCUCUAUUGUUGCUGUGUCUUUCUGCCUAUUCAGAGGGCACCGUCAUCUCCAAAGAGCCUGGUGAGAGCAUCCAUUUGACAUGUUCUUCUGAGGAAUGUCCAACAUACAGCAAUGAAUACCAUUAUCUGUAUCUUUAUUAUACAAUUGAUGAGGAGGCAGAGGUGGUAUUCUCAAAUAUCAAAUCAGAAAGGUUCUCUCCACGAGGAAAGUAUGAGAGCAGGACCAAGCUGGACAUACAUAACCGGACCAUCACCCUCAGCAACCUGACAGCGAGCGAUACCGGCAUCUACAAAUGUGUUUACAAGAAAUCUAGUACAGAAAAGAUCACUUGCAGCGUCUAUGCAGUUUUCAUCACAGAAAAGACUCCAUGUUCCACCGUAUCUCCCGCCGUCGAGCCAAGUCCAGUCCUGAUGUACAUCAUUUUUGUCUGCAUCAUCAGUGUGCUGGCCAUGUGGAUCCUCAUGCUGCUGAUCUUACCAAAGGUACAACAGCGGUUCAUAAAAAGAAGAGCGAUGCAUGCCCAUCAAUCCUCUGCUGACAAUGUGUACGAAAUCAUGAGGCGGGAAGAGGGAGCUCAGGUCGCAGCUCCGAUUGGACUGGUUUAGAAAUGAAUUCAAUGUAUUUUGAGCGUGGUGUUCUUUGUCUUUAUUGUUUUUAAAGUUUUUGAUUUUUAAUUUAUAUUCUAGAAUUGAAAUAUUAUUGAACUGUAAUGUCUUUCUGGAUAAAAAAAAA